AUGGCUUUCUCCUUCUGGUCCUCCGCCUUCACGGCGCAGACCCAACGCCUUGUGUUCCCGACCAUUGCUGACAUCAAGGCAAUGGUCAUCGCAUCUUUUGCCGCAUCAAGUGUGGCUCAUGUGUCCAUUUCCACUGAGGCCUUUCAGAUCCCCAACAUCCUCAACACUCCUCAAGAAUUCCAAACACUCUCCCUCAUCGACUCAUGUCAGCAAGGCGGCCUGAUCGACAACAUCACGAAAGCUCGGCGCAUGAACGCUAUCAUCGAUACCACCAUCAAGGAUAUCACCUCCAUCGACAUCAACAAGACGACUCACGAGUCCAAUAUUGUCGACAAUCGCAAGGAUACCACCCAGUCGACCGACACUCAAGUUACCGCGCCUUUCAUCAUCGAGGACAACAAGUCUGCUCAAGUAGUCGAAGUCUCUCACCAAGACGGUCUCAUCCACAAUGGCGACACCAUCACUAACGACAACUGUGACGCCACUUCAUGCAUCGCUGAUGAGGAGCUUCUCACCAGUGAUGCGAAUGAGAAGCACAUUUAUCAACAUCUCCUCCCCAUCAUGGACAUCAUCGAGGUUGACAACUCCAAAGGCCAUACCUAUCAUCAUGUCCUCCCCAUCAUCGACAUUGUCGAGGUCAACAGCUCCAUGGCUCCCAAAAUCACCGAUCGCUUUUUGAGGGAAGAUAAGAUGACAUGGGUGCAUGCCGUCGCCAACCAACCCGAACUGUGCCACUCGAUCUCCAAGACCAAGAAGCAAGCCAUCGAGAUCACCAAGCAAAGCACUCCAGUCAUCAAGGCCACCGCUUCCGACAUCAAGCUUUUGACCGACAAGAAGACUGAGAACAUCAGCUCCAAGAAGGUAGUCGACACAGAAGUCGUCUUCCUUCACCAUGCUCGCAGACUGUCCAAUGAUACCACUUCCUCAACCGAGACGGACAACACUACCGAUAGUGCUACGAGCAGAGCUACCACUCCUGAUACGCCCAAAACGGUGUACUCCCACCCCGACACAACCAAAGUUGACCACAAGUUUGACCAUCCCGCACUGGCAAACAUCAACGAGCUCAAGCAAGCCGAAGAGAGCCAGUCGCCCCCCGCCACUCUCGACACCUCCUCUUUCGACAACAUGUACAACUACUCCAACAUCUCACACCCCGAACUCGAAGUCACUCUUAUCAUGGAACGCCUCGACCUCAACUGCCGCUAUGUCCAAAUGACUUGCGGCUAUUGGUACGCCCUCAACGACGAUGACGAGAUCCGCCCAAUGUCCAAGACCGAGUACCAGGAGUUCAUCAACUGGACCAGCCAAACUCCCGUCGUUACCCGCGACGAUUUCGACAAGAAGCAACAAGCGGACGCCGAGGAGGGAAUCAUGACUAGCAACGCGAUUGCCAUUAUUGAGAGUGCUACCACCGGCAUCGAACUCGUCUCAUCCACCGACCUCGCUGACGACUUCGAGGACGAAGACGAUUACCACUCCUCCGACCCCCUUGCAGCCUGGGAAUCCAACCUCGCCGUCUGGAAAGACCCAGAAGACCUCGACGAAGAUUGGGGCGUGAUCGGCCUUUUUAACCACCCCGACGGAGAGAGACAAAUCGUGAUUGGCAACGACGAGCAAGUGUACUGGAUGUACGAGGGCAUGUUUCGCUUGCUUGAUGUGCACGAGCUCGAUCAGUUCAAUCGGUGGAGAGACGGGGAUGAAUUUGCUUUUGAUGAGAUGGAGGCCAAGAGGGAGCCGAAGACGUGGGUGAGGGCGGUGCUGGGUAAGCGGAGGAAUAUGAAUAAGUGGUACGCUUGGGGUUUGGAGAUGGAGAGUAUUGAGGAAGUAGAAGAGGUGGAGGAGGUUUACGAGUGUUGGUAA